CUCAUCCCCGCCGGCAGCCCCGCCCUCCGCCCCGGGCCUGUCACUCGCGGCUCCCGCGGUGGCGGAGCCGGCUCCGCGGACCCCCGCCCCACCCGGACGCCGGACGCCGGACGCCGGACGUUGAGCCGGGCCGGAGCCGCCAGCCGCGCCCGCCAAGCUGCGGGCUGGGAUGCGCGCCGUGAGCGCGCGUGCCCGACCGCAGUGCGCGCGCUCCGUCCCGAGCGAGCGCUCCCCGCGGUGGCGGCGACGACGACGGCGGCGGCGGCGACGCGCCCCGCGCGCCUCUCCGGCCCUUGCCCCGGCUCUGCGGGCCCCCGAAGGGCCCAUGGGUGGUGUGACAGAACGGGUGCCCUGAGCGCGGCACCGACGUCGGGGGCACCCCCACGGCAAGCGAGGUCCAGGUCUGGCGCCAUGCACUAGGGUACCCAGAACGCUGCAAGGCCACGCCCUCCUCACUGCAGGGGUCACUCUCCCCACUGCCUACCACCCCACCAUGGCUGGGGAUCGGCUCCCGAGGAAGGUGAUGGAUGCCAAGAAACUGGCCAGUCUGCUGCGUGGUGGGCCUGGGGGACCUUUGGUCAUCGACAGUCGAUCCUUCGUGGAAUACAACAGCUGCCAUGUGCUGAGCUCGGUGAAUAUCUGCUGUUCCAAGCUGGUGAAGCGGCGCCUUCAGCAGGGAAAAGUGACCAUUGCUGAGCUCAUCCAGCCAGCUACACGCAGCCAGGUGGAUGCCACAGAACCACAGGAUGUGGUAGUGUAUGACCAGAGCACUCGAGAUGCCAGUGUGCUGGCAGCAGACAGCUUCCUGUCCAUCCUGCUCAGCAAGCUGGACGGCUGCUUCAACAGUGUGGCCAUCCUCACAGGGGGCUUCGCCACCUUCUCCUCCUGCUUCCCAGGCCUCUGUGAGGGAAAACCUGCCACCCUGCCAUCCAUGAGCCUCUCUCAGCCCUGCCUGCCUGUGCCCAGUGUGGGCCUGACCCGUAUCCUGCCUCACCUCUACCUGGGCUCUCAGAAAGAUGUCUUGAACAAGGAUCUGAUGACCCAAAAUGGAAUAAGCUAUGUCCUCAAUGCCAGCAACUCCUGCCCUAAACCGGACUUCAUCUGUGAGAGCCGUUUCAUGCGUAUCCCCAUCAAUGAUAACUACUGUGAAAAGCUGCUGCCCUGGCUGGACAAGUCCAUUGAGUUUAUUGAUAAAGCCAAGCUGUCCAGCUGCCAAGUCAUCGUUCACUGUCUGGCUGGCAUCUCUCGCUCUGCCACCAUUGCCAUCGCCUACAUCAUGAAAACCAUGGGCAUGUCCUCUGACGACGCAUACAGGUUUGUGAAGGAUCGACGCCCCUCCAUCUCACCCAACUUCAACUUCCUGGGCCAGCUGUUGGAGUAUGAGAGGAGUCUGAAGCUGCUGGCUGCCUUGCAGAGUGAUGGACCUCACUUGGGGACCCCUGAGCCCCUCAUGGGCCCGGCAGCAGGCAUCCCACUGCCCCGGCUGCCACCAUCUACCUCAGAGAGCGCUGCCACUGGGAGCGAGGCAGCCGCUGCAGCCAAGGAGGGCAGCCCGAGUGCUGGAGGGGAUGCUCUGAUCCCAAGCACAGCUCCAGCCACCAGCGCGCUGCAGCAGGGCCUGCGCGGCCUGCACCUCUCCUCUGACCGCCUCCAGGACACCAACCGCCUGAAGCGCUCCUUCUCCCUGGACAUCAAGUCAGCCUAUGCACCCAGCAGGAGGCCUGACUUUCCUGGCCCACCCGACCCCGGCGAAGCCCCGAAGCUCUGCAAGCUGGACAGCCCAUCUGGGGGGACACUGGGCCUGCCCUCGCCCAGCCCCGACAGCCCAGACUCGGCUCCAGAGGGGCGCCCACGACCUCGCCGGCGACGUCCCCCGGCCAGUUCUCCGGCCCGCUCCCCGGCUCAUGGCCUGGGCCUAAACUUUGGAGACACGGCCCGGCAGACUCCGAGGCAUGGCCUCUCGGCCCUGUCGGCACCGGGACUGCCCGGCCCUGGCCAGCCGGCUGGCCCCGGGGGCUGGGUGCCGCCGCUGGACUCCCCGGGCACACCGUCGCCGGAUGGACCCUGGUGCUUCAGCCCGGAGGGCGCUCAGGGUCCGGGCGCUGUGUUCUCUGCCUUCGGCAGGGCGAGUGCUGGUGCACCUGGACCGGGUGGUGGCAGCAGCAGUGACCUGCGGAGGAGGGAGGCGCGGGCCGAACCCCGGGACCUGCGGACGGGCUGGUCUGAGGAGCCUGCUUCAGAUACACAGUUCAAGAGGCGCAGCUGCCAGAUGGAGUUCGAAGAGGGCAUAGUGGAGGGGCGGGCACGUGGCGAGGAGCUAGCAGCUCUAGGCAAGCAAGCCAGCUUCUCCGGUAGCGUGGAGGUCAUCGAAGUAUCGUGACCCUUCAGGAGUCCCUGAGCCCCCGCUCCAGCCAGGCCAGGUAUAAAUAUAUAUUAUAUAUAACACACAGAAAGGCAAAUGGUUUUACUGCAAUUUUUAUCAAGAAGUAAAUAUUUCGAUUUUUUAUUUAUUUAAGCUAGUGAUCUGGCAACUGUGCGGGGCGGUCCUCAAGCUCUGUUUUUACUGUCUGGUAUUUAAAACUGAAACAGGUUUCUAAGCAAUAUGAGGCUACCUUCAAUCCCAAGCUGGGUUGACAGGCCUGGGCCCUUCCUCGCCCCUCCCCUCUGGAAAUAUUACUGACCUUGCAAAAAGCUGCCCAGCUUUCCUGCACUUUUUACAUAAGAAAAGGGGAAAAGGAAAAAAUAAUCCUUAUUUGCCACAAACUGAGCCGUAGACCCCUUGUCCUUUACUUUCCUUCCUCUCCUGGUCUCUCCUCUCCUGUCUCUCAUGUCUUGGGCUCUGUAGCAAAGCCAUAGAUAAGGGGAGGGGGAGACCCUCGUGUCCCUCAGAAGGCCCCACCAGCAGCCCCCCCCCACCUCAAGUUGCCAAGUCUUAGUGGCAUAGGGGUACCCUCUCUGCCAGUCCAUCAUCCCCCCACCCCAGGACUGUUCCUUGGCAGGUAUUGGUGGGAACUGGGCCCAAUGGAUCAGAGUUUUCAGGGAGACUUGGACAACGGGGUUCCUGAGAGCCAGAUGAGGUAGCCCCUAAGGCAAGAAUGGAGUAGACAAAAGAGCUCACACUUCUGUGAGAGUGAGGUCUGGUUCCUCAAAAGAGCCCAGGAGGCCAUUCAGAGGAGGAUUCUCUCUUUCCUUUGCAGGUGCUCUUGCCUAUUGGGAAGCCCAGUAGCACCCCCAGCAUGGACUGGGGCAGCGUCAAAUGCUGGCAGGGGCAGCUAGGCUAGCAGGGCUGGCAGGGGCUAGCUCUGCUGGUCAGAGGGGAGCUCUGGGUCCAGUAUAUAUGGGGGUAGAUCCAAGCUCUCAUUCUGGGUUCUCUUGCCCCUGGUAGGACUUGGAACUCGGGUGCACUUGUGGGUUGAGAGGUCUCUGGAGCAGGCUCCUUACAGAUGGAGCAAAGCACCUACCAAGCCCUUAGGCUUCCAGGAAGUAGAAAUCUUCAGCUUUGGGAGAACUAUCUCCAAGCAGAGAAAGACCCCAUCUAGAGACAGAUGCUGGGGGAAGUCCUCAGUGACUACCCCAUCCCCACAGGGGUUCUCAGGAGAGAUUCCCUCUGUGUGCUCUCUUCCCAGGAUACUUUCCCAGUGUCUUCAAGAUGGGAUGCUUUUUUUUUUCCCCUCAGAGCCAAUCUAGGAGCAGAGACAGGAGAAAAGUACCAGUCACCCUUGCUGAAUACCCUCUUGGACCAUUUGGGACCCAAAGUUUUGAGGCAGAAUAAGGGUCCUUGCCCUCAGAUAUCCCCAAGUCUAGGAGUGGGGAUGUCCUUUAGGAAUAAGCUAGGGGCUUGGUAUCAGGCAGCUGGGGCAGGACAGAGUCCUGGAGAAGACCUAGGGUGGCACCUUCCCACCCCACCUCCCUUGCUGUGUCCUUCUGUUUGUUCUUUUCACCCACUGCCCCAUGUUCCUGUCAUUCUCCUCCUUAAGCAAAAAUCCUGUUCCAGUUCUCUUGAUCCCACCCAUCCUGAUCCCUGAGAAAAUAAGCUAUUGUAUUUGCAAUCUAUGGAUUAGAGGUUUAAGUAUUUAUUAUUAUUGGUUAAUUUUAUUAUUAUUAUUAUUAUUAAUUAUGUAAAUUUGCCUCCUGUCUGUCAUUGGAUUUCUAAGGUGACCCUGGGUGUGGAGGAUGCACUGGCUUCCCCCUCCUUGCCCCCACCCUACUGCUGUCCAGGAGACAGUAGUAUGUGGCCACCAGUUGGACCCUAAAGAUCCCUCUUGGGUCUGGUCCCUCCCCUCUCUUGGUAGAGAUAUGGCAUCUAUCCUGGACACAUGGGGCCCAUUGGCCUCAGUCUGUUUCUGAUCUCACUCACUCAUGACCCUGGUCACUCCAAAGUGAGCAGACAAGAUGGAGGAGAAGGUCUCAGCUGCCUGCUUCUGUGCAGGGUGGGGAGAGACGGAGCACAGGCCCUCCCUGGUGGCUUUUCACCUACUCUCCAAGCUGUGGAGGGUCCUCUCUAAGCCUCUCUUGUUCUCUGACCCUCCUACCUGGUCACUGCCUGGCACUGGAAUGGCCCAGAAUGCACCUGGCCCCCCUCCUGUUGUUUUCUGGAAAGUCCAGUUAGGAGAGGUAGCUGGUCCCUUGCCCAAGGCUUCUGGUCCCUGAGGACCAGGGUGCCAGCUUCCCCCUUGGGACCUUGCCCUAUGAGGCCGCACUUUCCCAUCCUUCCUUUUGUAUUUGAAACAAUGUGUUGUAAUAAAUCAUGAGAACGAUGUUUUCCCCAG